CUGCUAGUCGUCUUGAAAAUUUUAACAAAGUGAGAAGUGCUGAGUGCUUGCAGUUCUUCUGUGUCGGAAACAAAAUAAAAUAAAUAAAUAAAAAUCGAUCAAAAUAAAAGCCGCUUUUGCUGCGGCCAAACGUCGUGGACAUAAUCGAGACCAGAGAAAUAACAUUUAACCGCAUUUAAAAGCGUCGGCGACUCAGCAUCUCAUCAAAUUCGUUUCUCCAAGAUGUCCAAAUAUUCGGGCAAAAAAUGUCGCCUGCUCUCGAUGAUGUGGCUGACGGCGUUCUUCUUCUUUGUGGAGAUCACAGUGGGCUAUGUGACCAAUUCGAUGGCCCUCGUUGCAGACAGUUUUCACAUGCUGGGCGACAUAGCCGCCCUGGUCAUAUCAUUCCUCUCAGUUAAGAUGUCACCCAAAAAAUGGUCAAAGAACACUUUCGGCUGGGCACGUGCUGAGGUCCUUGGCGCUCUGGUCAAUGCAGUGUUUCUGGUUGCCCUCUGUUUCAGCAUCACGAUUGAGGCAUGCAAAAGAUUCAUCGAGAAGGAGGACAUACAUCAGCCCAAGCUGCUGCUCGUCGUGGGCAUACUGGGUCUGCUGGUCAAUAUGAUAGGCUUGUGUCUGCUAUACGAGCACGGCGGUAACCAUGGACACUCGCAUGGCGGUGGUCUGACACGCAAUCAUAGCCGCCUCACGGAGCUGGCCAACAUGGACGAGGGCGAGGACGAGCAGAAUGAUUAUGCCUAUGAGAAGCAGAAGGAGAAACCGUUGAAGAAGUCCAGCCAUGGUCAUAGCCAUGAUCCCGGCCAGAUGAACAUGCGUGGCGCCUUCCUGCACGUGCUCAGCGAUGCGCUCGGCAGCGUCAUUGUGGUUGUCAGUGCACUGGUCGUGUGGCUCAGCGAUUGGGAAUAUCGCUUGUACAUUGAUCCGGCUCUAUCCAUCGUCCUCGUCGCGCUCAUCUUGCACUCGGUGUGGCCGCUGUUGCGUGAAUCGGCGUUGAUUCUGCUGCAAACGGUGCCAACGCACAUUCAAGUGGAUGCCAUACAGAAGCGUCUGCUCGAGAAGGUCGACGGCGUGAUGGCCGUGCACGAGUUCCAUGUCUGGCAAUUGGCCGGAGAUCGCAUCAUAGCCUCCGCACACAUACGCUGUCGCAAUUUGUCCGAGUACAUGAAAAUUGCCGAGAAGGUCAAGGAGUUCUUUCACAACGAGGGCAUACACUCGACCACCAUACAGCCGGAGUUUAGCGAGAUUGAGGGCUGCAACAUGUCCGAUGGCACCUCUAGCAUUAAUAUGAGCGGCUCCGAUUGCUGUGCUCUCGACUGCCCCACCACCGACGAGGGCUGUGUAAAGGCCACCUGCUGCCAAAAUAAUAAUAAACUGAAUCAACUGCCCUCGCCCACAAAUUCACCAUAUAUGUGCCGCCAGCGUAAUGCGGCACGACAGGCUGGCGAUGUUGAGGCCGGAUCGCUGCUUGAGGCAGCAGCCGCUGCCAGUGGCAACCAGACGGUGGGCAACGGAACGGCGGUCACAGCGUCUGGGGAGCCAACGCCAAAGAACGAAAUAGUCUGACAACAGCCACAUCAGAAGCAGCAUCAGCAGCAUCCGCAUCCACAUCAGCAUCAGCAAGCACAACAACAUCAUCAAGUACACUUUGCCACAACAAACCCAACCACAACACGUGAUAUAUUUUACGAGCCAACAAACCAAGCAACUUCCAAAGCCUUCGCUACUAGCGAUGCCAGUCCCAGUUUCUCGCUAACCGCACAGCGACGCCGCGAACUGCAGUUGCGGGCCGAGCUGCAGUCCAUGGAGCAGGUGAAGCUCAGUGGUGGCGCCUGCACACGCAACGGUGACGAGGUGGCGCUCUAAACACGCCAGCGACGCCGACUGUCGUGAGCAGCAAUUCUUUACUGUAGCGGCGUUAAAUUUUGUGUAUUUAGUGUGUGUGUGUGCGUGUGUGUAUGUGUAUGUGCCCCACCACCCCACCCAAUGCCUGACCCACUGCACACCAAAAACACACUAACAGCGCACCGUUUUUCAUUUUUCUUUUUAUUCUUUGCUAGUUUAAUUGAAGUCAAAAUGUUUCGAUCUAGAGAACCCCAGAAAUAACGUGCUGCUGUCAUUCAUAUAAAUUAUACAAUUAUAUGAGAUGUUAAUAGCGUUAACUAAAACAAAAUACUAGUUAAUUUUAGCAUUAAUUCUAAAAAAAAAAAAGAAAACAAAUUAACACAACAUUUAAGAGUAUGUACGUUUUUUACAUUUUGAAAAAGUUUAUACAUGAAGAAAAAAGUAUAUUAUAUUUAGUAGUUAUACAUACUAUAUAGUUAAUGAUUAAAGACAGUGACCGUUGGCCGCGUUCGGUGCGAAAAGUUUAGCGAAAAGUUGAAUGAAUUAAAAAAAAUACCUAGUGUAUUACCAUAUGCAAAUUCUAUAUUAAACAAUACAAAAAAAAAUGCAUUCUGUAUGUGUAUGCAAGAUUAGGAAAUAGUUUCUUAUUCUUAGUAGUUAAUCGGUAAUGCUAAAUGUAAAAGAGGUUUUUACUGCAAAAUGCAAUUAAGACUUUAUUUAAAUUAAGCUAUUUCAAAUCUGUAUGAUCAAUACAAUAUAUGCUGUAUUAUUUCA